AUGCACCGUGAAAUUGAAAUAGGGGUAGAAAAAAAAAGUUGAGAGUGAUAAAUGAAAGCUGAGAGUGGGUGAGUUUGUGGUGGUGAGUUUUAAAAAAAAAAUUAAAACUAAAUAUGAGUGGGGGAGAGGUGAACGUGGAGGAAAAUUUGAACCGGUUGGACAAACUUCACAUAGCGGCACAUUUAUUCCAUAAGCCCACACGUGUUCUUACUCCGCAUGGCACGCUGGUUGAUGUUUUCAUGUUAGAGGCUGAGGAUCCAACCAUGGCAAUUAGGCGGGAGAGGCUUGAGCCUUAUCUGAGACGCACUGGAUUUUAUCAUGCCUCGUUGAUCAAGCGCUUCGAGUACGACAAUCCACUUAUUAGUGCCUUUGUCGAACGAUGGCGACCGGAAACUCAUACUUUUCAUCUCCCUUGGGGUGAGUGUACCAUAACCCUAGAAGAUGUAGCCAUGCAGUUAGGUCUACCUGUUGAUGGUCAGCCUGUUAGCGGUACGUUAAGGUUAUGGAGUAAGUUUCACCAAAGAGAUAUUUGGGAAUGGUGUCAUGAACUAUUAGGUGAGGUUCCCGCAGGACACGUAGGGACAACGAAGUACAACAUCAAGCUGAAGUGGCUCAGAACUCGUCUUCAACAGAUGCCCCUUAACCUAGAUGAUAAUGGCCUCAUGCAGUAUGCACGAUGUUACAUACUUUACCUGUUGGGAGGCGUCCUUCUUCCAGACAAGGCCAACAACACAGUCCAUGUUCGAUAUCUGCCUUUACUGGCUGAGUAUGAUGCCAUAGGCACCUACAGUUGGGGCAGUGCCGUCCUCUGUUGGUUAUAUCGUGCUAUGUGCCUAGCAACAUAUUACAGUGUUGAGGGUAUGGCCGGGUGUCACACGUUGCUCAUGUCGUGGAUAUACUACAUAUUACCGUUUUGGGCCCCGAAUGUCACCACACCCUACAGUUUUCCUUUAGCCACUAGGUGGGCAGGGAAAAAAGGACAAAAUGACUAUGCUGAGCAGCGCCUACUUAGGCACCGGUUGCGGUUGGAUAAUCUGCAGGUCGACGAGUUUGUUUGGCAACCGUACUUGGAGCCUUGGAUUCUGUCUAGAGUUCCUGCCGAAUUCCUCGGCCAUCCGCAUGGAGAUUUCUAUACCGCCGUUGUGCCGCUAAUAUUUUUCAGGUGGAUUGAGAUCCUAAAUGUUGAUCGGGUGUUGCGACAGUUUGGGGGAAAGCAAGGACCUCCAAACCCUCCGCUUAAUAUAGAUACCUUCCAUCGACAAUCGGCUCGUAAUGAUGACGGAUGGUGGCCGGUUCGACUAUCCGAGUGGUUUGAGGUAUGGGCCAACCGGCGCACGGAUGCAUACCGGCUGCAGAUUGAUCGUGCAGAUACAUUGCGUCCCAGUCAGGAUUACUAUAGGUGGUACUCUCAGAGAAUAAGGAGGUUUCUGUCCACCCCUAAUGCAUUACAUGACCCGAGAGGUGACGUUGUACCCGCAGACGCGCCGGCGGAGUAUGGCAGAGGCCCCGUGGUUAAUUUGCCUCCGGUUCCCCGAGACCAUCGCCGUCGCCGUCCCCGGAGGGUCAGAGUUGAAGAUCAAGCAGAACAUGCGGAGGGUGAGCAAGAUUUGCCUGAACAAGACCGACCCAGUUUUGAGCCUGACAUGGGACACCAUAUUCCAUCGCAUGCUCCUCCAGCCGCAGUAGACUACUACUACCCGCAGCCGGUUGUAUCAGCGGACCCCCCCAGCCAUCUUCCAUUCAGCAAGUUAUGCCAUAUCAGAGUAGCUUCGAGGUUGGGGGUUCAUCCCAAGGAGGUACGCAAGACUUGA